AUGGUUGUUUCACAAAAGUCAAGCAAAGUAAGAUACCAACGGAAUAUCAUCCUAAUCAAUAUUCUACCAAACAGUAAUUUAAUUAAUAAGCUUCAACAAAUGGAAUGCAAGGAAAGCUACAUGGAGUCUACCAUUCUUGUGUCUGAUAUGAAUCUACUGGAUUUCUCUCUUAGGAAUACUCAGCAUUCAUUAAAUGCAGGAACGAAUCAGAAUUUUAGCUUAUGUGACAGACUGUAUGACUUUUCAUCAUAUGGAGAUGGAUCUAUUUCCUUUCAUGCUGAUGUACCAUCUAUAAACAGAUUUGAGGAAGAGAAUACAGAAUAUGAUGAAUUAAAUUUAUGUUCUCCACUUGGACGGCCCAAACGAAAACGAGUGAUAACCAUUGCCCAACGCCAUGCUGCUAAUAUUAGAGAAAGAAAGAGGAUGUUUAACCUAAAUGAAGCAUUUGAUAUUCUUCGAAAGAAGGUGCCAACUUUUGCCUAUGAAAAAAGGCUUUCCAGAAUUGAGACAUUACGGCUUGCUAUAGUUUAUAUUUCAUUUAUGACUGAACUGCUUAAUAACACAGAGAAGAAGAAUUUAGGUGCAUAA